AUGAACUGGUAUCGUGUAGAGAAUUCAUGUGUGAAGUUAACAGUUAAAGUAAAGCCAAAUGCAAAGGUAACAGGAGUCAAAGAGGUUACAGACGAUGAGCUUAUUUUAAAUAUAAGUGCACCAGCAGUAGAUAACAAAGCAAACAAGGAGUUGAUUGCAUUUAUGAGUAAAUCUUUUAAGGUUCCAAAAAGCUCAGUAAAGAUCACAUGUGGAAGCAAUACAACAAGCAAAUUAGUGGUGAUAAGUGGCUUGGAUGAAUGUAUAGAAACAAUAGAAGAAUUUGUCUGCAGUAGUUAG